AUGGUCCUUGUUUCGGGUAAAAAGUUGAAGUUGGUCAAGAAGAGGGCUCGUCGCUUUACUCGCCACGAGUCGGACAGAUAUCUACGCAUCCGACCAAACUGGCGAAGACCUCAUGGUAUCGACAACCGUAUGAGACGCCGAUUCAAGGGAACGAGAGACAUGCCCAACAUUGGUUAUGGAAACAACAGACAAAUCAAGCACGUCCUCCCCUCCGGCUACCAGAAGGUCCUCGUUCACAAUCCCAAGGAACUCGAGAUGCUCUUGAUGCAAAACCAAAAGUACGCUGCCGAGAUCGCUCAUGCUGUUGGCGCCAAGAAGAGAAAAGACAUUGUCGAAAGAGCGAAGCAACUAAACAUCAAAUUGACCAAUGGCAACGCACGAAUUCGCACCGAGGAAAAUGAA